AUGCCUCGUGGACUCAAUGCGGCGCGCAAGUUGCGCAUGAACCGUAAGGACCAGAAGUGGGCCGACCUCGGAUACAAGAAGCGCGCCCUCGGCACCGCUUUCAAGUCCUCCCCCUUCGGUGGUUCCUCUCACGCCAAGGGCAUCGUCCUCGAGAAGGUCGGUGUUGAGGCAAAGCAGCCCAACUCUGCCAUCCGAAAGUGUGUUCGUGUUCAGUUGAUCAAGAACGGCAAGAAGGUCACUGCUUUCGUCCCCAACGACGGUUGCUUGAACUUUGUCGACGAGAACGACGAGGUCCUCUUGGCCGGUUUCGGUCGCAAGGGCAAGGCCAAGGGUGAUAUUCCCGGUGUCCGCUUCAAGGUCGUCAAGGUCUCUGGUGUCGGUCUGCUCGCUCUGUGGAAGGAGAAGAAGGAGAAGCCCAGAUCCUAA